AUGCAGUCAACUACAUUUGGAAUUGAUUUGGGAACUACUAAUUCAGUAGCGGCAUUAUGGAAGAAUGGAAGUAUUGAUGUGUUAGCAUACAAGACUAGUUCCCAUCUGUUUCCUUCUUGUGUUGCCUAUAAUAAAAGGAAUCCUGCCCAAAGUAUUGUUGGGUAUUUUGCUAAACUAAAAAUGCAAACCACAAGCUAUGGUGUUUUCCACAGUUGUAAACGCCUUCUCGGAGUUACUUAUGACAAUCCCAUCGUUGCAAAAAUGAAUGGAUCUGUGGGAUAUGAUAUACGAAAUGGAGCUGAUGACAAACUUGUCGUUGCUAUUCAAACUGAAACUGGGGAUGUAGUAAAACAUCCUGAAGAUGUCGGUGCUAUGAUUCUAUCAGCAAUCGCCGAAGAAAUGAAAGCUUAUGCUGGAUAUGAUAUACGAAAUGCUGUAAUAACAGUUCCUGCAUAUUUCGAUCAAUAUAAACGAGAUUUGACAAAAUUGGCGGGUCAAAUCGCGGGUUUGAAUGUUCGUGCUAUUAUUUCCGAGCCUCAAGCCGCUGCUUAUGCUUAUCUUGAUUUUACUACUGAAGAGCGAAAUUCGACUUUUAUGAUAUAUGAUUUAGGCGGUGGUACCUUUGAUGUAACAAUUUUAAGAUGUGAAGGAGAUCAAUUCACAGAACUAGCUACUGAUGGUGAUAUAUUUUGUGGUGGUCUUGAUUUUGACAAAUUGAUAUUGGAUGAAAUGAAGCAGAGAUACAUGGAACAAAUUGGGGAACCAAUUCCUGCGAAGUUAAUAGCCAAAGUUCUCUCAAAUUGCGAGCAAGCCAAAAUUGCUUUACUAACCUCUCCUCACACUGAGAUAGAAAUUACAGAUGAUGUGUAUCUCAGUUUUACAUUGGCUGAAAUGAAUCGAUUAAUCGGCCCUAAACUUGCAGACACUUUGAAGAUUUGUGAUCGAGCAAUUGCAGCAGCUAAAAUCACUGUUUCAGAUAUUGAUAGUAUCAUUCUUGUUGGUGGUUCAACUCGACUUCUGUUAGUUGAAGAAUUACUGAAAGGCCAUUUUCCUACGAUUCCUAUAAAAGGAAACAUCAGUCCUGAUGAAUGUGUGGCCUAUGGUGCAGCUAAAUAUGGACAUAAUCUCGAUUUACAUCCAGAUGUAAAUGUGACUGUACCUGAACCUGCAUUUGAAGCUGUUAAACUUGAUCCUGUACCUGUUCCGGUAUAUCCUGAUUUGCCUGUAGUUGUUGAGCAUAUUCCAACUCCACAGCCUAGUAUGGAACAACCCGUACGGGUUAUUGAUAUUGCAUGCGUGGAAUACUUUGCUCGAUGCCCUAGCGACAUUGGAAUUGCAAAUAGAGGACGAAUGGAAGUUCUCAUUCCACGAAACACUGCUUUACCUAAGUUGGAGAAAAAAUUGAUUCGUUUGAGGAAUGUCGAACGUCCACUAACUCGCAUUCCACUUUAUCAAGGCAAUGAUCCGAUCGCUAAGAAUAAUGGAAUGCUGAAGAGACUUGAAGUGAAAUUGGAACUACACAAAGACGCUUAUUUACUCAUAAUAUUGGAUAUGCAGAAGGAUGGAUCUUUAUCUGUGCGAGUAGUGGACUUUAAUACUGGAGAUAGUUACGAAUACAAAGAUAUUCAAUCAGCAAUGUCACAAGAAGAAUUGAGAGGUCGUCAAGAUGCAGUUGAGCAAGAAAGAAGAACUAGAAAUUAUGUAAGUGAAAUGGAUAACAUUCGUAAUCGACUACAAAAGUGGGGCUUCUCGCUGAUAGAAGCAGGAGCCAGCGAAGAAGACCAAAAGAUCAUUAACCAAAGAAUAAGGCAGUUGUCGCGAUUAGAAAGUUUUGAAUUAACCGAAGAUUUAACAGACGAAAUCUAUAAUAUUUUUGCUGAAAUCAGCGAGAGGAUGCAGUCAACUACAUUUGGAAUUGAUUUGGGAACUACUAAUUCAGUAGCGGCAUUAUGGAAGAAUGGAGCUAUUGAAGUAUUAGCAUACAAGACAGGAUCACGUCUGUUUCCUUCUUGUGUUGCCUAUAAUAAAAAGAAUCCUGCCCAAAGUAUUGUUGGGUAUUUUGCUAAGCAAAAAAUGCAAACCACAAGCUAUGGUGUUUUCCACAGUUGUAAACGCCUUCUCGGAGUUACUUAUGACAAUCCCAUCGUUGCAAAAAUGAAUGGAUCUGUGGGAUAUGAUAUACGAAAUGGAGCUGAUGACAAACUUGUCGUUGCUAUUCAAACUGAAAGUGGAGAUGUAGUAAAACAUCCUGAAGAUGUCGGUGCUAUGAUUUUAUCAGCAAUCGCCGAAGAAAUGAAAGCUUAUGCUGGAUGUGAUAUACGAAAUGCUGUAAUAACAGUUCCUGCAUAUUUCGAUCAAUACAAACGAGAUUUGACAAAAUUGGCGGGUCAAAUCGCGGGUUUGAAUGUUCGUGCUAUUAUUUCCGAGCCUCAAGCUGCUGCUUAUGCUUAUCUUGAUUUUACUACUGAAGGACGGGAUUCGACUUUUAUGAUAUAUGAUUUAGGCGGUGGUACCUUUGAUGUAACAAUUUUAAGAUGUGAAGGAGAUCAAUUCACAGAACUAGCUACUGAUGGUGAUAUAUUUUGUGGUGGUCUUGAUUUUGACAAAUUGAUAUUGGAUGAAAUGAAGAAGAGAUAUAUGGAUGAAACUGGGGAACCAAUUCCUGCGAAGUUAAUAGCCAAAGUUCUCUCAAAAUGUGAGCAAGCCAAAAUUGCUUUACUAACCUCUCCUCACACUGAGAUAGAUAUUACGGACGAUGUGAUAGUGGACUUUACUCGAGCCGAAAUGAAUCGAUUAAUCGGCCCUAAACUUGCAGACACUUUGAAGAUUUGUGAUCGAGCAAUUGCAGCAGCUAAAAUCACUGUUUCAGAUAUUGACAGUAUCAUUCUUGUUGGUGGUUCAACUCGACUUCUGUUAGUUGAAGAAUUACUGAAAGGCCAUUUUCCUACGAUUCCUAUAAAAGGAAACAUCAGUCCUGAUGAAUGUGUGGCCUAUGGUGCAGCUAAAUAUGGACAUAAUCUCGAUUUACAUCCAGAUGUAAAUGUGACUGUACCUGAACCUGCAUUUGAAGAUGCUGAACUUGUUCCUGUAUUUGAUAAUUUUCCACCACCUGUUCCAGCUCCUCUAUGUCCUCCAUCGUCUGCUCCAAGCUCUAUACCUCCUCCACCCCCUGUUCCAGGGUCUGUUGAAGAGUAUAUUCUCGCGUUCGAAUCAAGAUAUCCCGAUCUGCCUCCCAGGGAUGAGCAUAUUCCAACUCCACAGCCUAGUAUUGAGCAGCCCGUAGUUGUUACUGAUAUUGGAGGUGUGAAAUACUUUGCUCGAUGCCCUAGCGACAUUGGAAUUGCAAAUAGAGGACGAAUGGAAGUUCUCAUUCCACGAAACACUGCUUUACCUAAGUUGGAGAAAAAAUUGAUUCGUUUGAGGAAUGUCGAACGUCCACUAAUUCGCAUUCCACUUUAUCAAGGCAAUGAUCCGAUCGCUAAGAAUAAUGGAAUGCUGAAGAGACUUGAAGUGAAAUUGGAACUACACAAAGACGCUUAUUUACUCAUAAUAUUGGAUAUGCAGGAAGAUGGAUCUUUAUCUGUGCGAGUAGUGGACUUUAAUACUGGAGAUAGUUACGAAUACAAAGAUAUUCAAUCAGCAAUGUCACAAGAAGAAUUGAGAGGUCGUCAAGAUGCAGUUGAGCAAGAAAGAAGAAUUAGAAAUCAUCUACUUGCAUUGGAUAACAUUCGUAAUCGACUGCAAAAGUGGGGUUUCGUGCUGAUAGAAGCAGGAGCCAGCGAAGAAGACCAAAAGAUCAUUAACCAGACCGACAGACGUUUACAGAACGAUCAAUUAACCGAAGAAUUAUUGGAUGAGGUCUAUAAGAUUUAUGAUGAAAUACACAAAAAGUUAAUUCAAUAA